AUGACGAAGGAGGGUGCCAAUGCUCGACAGGCUACCUCCUCCAAACGCCGACCGGGGCUAUUGAAGAAAGCGAGUGAAUUAUAUGCUUUUUGUGCUAUUGAGAUGGCCAUUAUCGUUCUCUCUCCGAGAGGCAAGCCUUUCUAUUUUGGUCACCCGUCUGUGGAUGCGACCGUGGAUAUGCGUGAGCAUCCAAAGAUGGCUUGUAUUGAUGCUACUCAACAGGCUCAAACUGACAGACAGCAGAUCCUAGAGAAACUGAACAAACAAUAUGCCGACGUGCUCGAGCAACUGAAAGCUGGAAUGAAAGGAGCUAAAGAGCUGAGCGAUAUUAAGCCCCUGCGAUUCGAAAACUUUAGCUUUAACGAUUUUGUGGUAUUCGGGAAAUGGCUGGAAGAUGUCGAGAACGCAGUGGACAAGAGAAGGACGGAGCUCUUGGCCCUAGAGUCUUCAAGUUCAACUCCAUGCCCAGGAGCUAUUAAAGCAUCUGUCAGAAGCCAAAACGAUGAUAAAUGUGACGAUCCUUGUAAAGCACAAGUUGGAAAUUGA